AUGGGUGAUGAAAUUGAUGCUUUUCCUAGGAUUCAACAUUUGGUUCCUGGAUUUGGUAGGAAAACUGCCUUAAAGCAUUUAAAAAAAGCGUGGCUCACUGGAAAACUUACUAAAUGCAGCAGCAGCAGCACUGAGAAUUGUUGGUGUACAGCCAUUGUUAAGUGCUAUGGUGAAACAGCCUUAAAAAGCUCAUGGACAGGCAAUGGAGUGAAUGACACUACAUUUCUCAAUCUACAGGCAGAUGUUUCAAAAGGGAGUACUGGCAACAAAACUUUUACCUCAACUCACUUUGAUGAAUCCUUGAAGAACCUUCUGGCUAUACUUGAGGACUUAAAUGUUAAGAAGCCAUUAGUUGUGCUGUUUUCUUUCCUCUUUGGUCAAGCCUUGUGGUUAAUUUCUGCACAACUAGCAAAUGCAAGUGAAAUUACUACUUAUCUGCUAUCUUAUCUGAGAUUGGAGAUUGGAGAGUUAUUUGAGUUAGGAAUCCAGCUAUCUUAUCUGCUUUUACUACUAGGCUUACUUGGGGCUGGAACCUUCUUUGUGAUCCGUCAAGUCCUUGUACGUAGAGAGCUUGACCUUUCUGCCAAAGAGUUGCAGGAGCAAGUAAGAAGUGGAGAUGCCAGUGCAACUGAGCUUUUUGAGCUAGGUGCUGUUAUGUUGAGAAGGAAAAUUUACCCAGCUGCUACUAGAUAUUUGCUUCAGGCAAUUGAGAAAUGGGAUGGAGAUGAUCAAGAUAUUGCCCAGGUUUACAAUGCCCUUGGUGUAUGUUAUGUCCGCGAUGGGAAGCUGGAGAAAGGAAUCAAUCAGUUUGAAACUGCUGUGAAGAUUCAACCAGGCUAUGUCACAGCCUGGAACAACCUUGGUGAUGCAUAUGAGAAGAAAAAAGAGUAUAAAUCUGCACUCAAAGCAUUUGAAGAAGUGGUACUUUUUUAUCCUAAUAAUAAGGCAGCACGCCCCAGGCGAGACGCAUUGAAGGAUCGUGUAGAAAUGUACAAAGGAGUUCCUGUCAAAUCAAAAGACCGAUGAUUUUGUCCUCAAUCACGAACAUAUUAUCAAUUUGCUCAUAUUCCCUCACACUUGGUUCUGAA